UAAAAACAGUCACACGUGACUGAUAUCGCUUUUAUGAUGUCAUUAUGUUGAAGUGGACACCAAUAGCAGGAAAAUGCUAACAUUGUUCUAAGGUCAAUUGUCAUUUCACGGAUUUCACUAUUAUUGGAUUAUUUAACUUUACAUUUAUAUAUGACGAAAGGAAUUGGUUAAAAGAAAGAGGUGGAAAUCUGUGUCUCGUGUUCAACAUAUUGGACUUUGAUAAACAGCAUCCAUCAUGACUUCAGAGAAAUCCACCUCCGAUCUGCAGACCCUCCUUCAUUAUAAUCGUCCAAAGUCGACCCCACCCGCAGCCAAUCUAACGUCCAAGGAAGAGUCCACAUUCGGGGGGCCUUUCAGAGCCUCCUCUGUCGUUCCCUUUGAUAGUCGAGCGAGCGACGAGAGGACGCCCCUUAUCGGAGUUGUCAGAGGCCAAAGUGAAACGUUUUCACAAAAUGAAGAAGAAGACGAAGAGGAAACAUUUGAUAAACAGAGUUUACGGGACUACUUCAGCUGGAAAAACAAGUGGACAAUCCUCAACCACAUCAAGAUAGCUGUGCUGCUCAUCAUAACGUCAGUAUGCUGUAUUGGAAUUAUGAUGAAAGAAGAGAUCAAGACAGAACACUGGCACCAAGUCAGCGUGGACAACAAGAUUCAGUAUCAGGAGUUCGAUUCCCAUAAUAACCCAGUAAAAUUACUCCUUAAAGGACCAAUCAAGGAAAAUAUAAACGGAUCUCUACGAGUUACAUUUGGGGAUAAGAGUAAAAAUGACACUUGGAAAUUAGAAGUUGACGACGUUAUGCUAAACAGCGGCGAUGCCGCUGAAAUAGAGCACAAGUUCGACAAAAGCGCCGAAUCAAAAGAGAGCAUUGCGUUCGAAUUGUCAUCUAAUCUGAGUGUGGUUUUGCUGUGGAAAGGAGAAGAGCUCCCCACCGCCGAGAUCGUGUAUGCUGCCAUCAUCUUACUGUUCGUGUAUAUCUUGAUUAUUUUUGAGCUUGUACAUAGAACAUUGGCUGCAAUUUUAGGAUCCCUUGCUGCCAUAGCAGCGCUGUCUUUGUUUGACAAGCGACCAGAACUGGGCACCAUAAUUUCCUGGAUUGACAUGGAGACUUUGAUGUUACUCUUUGGUAUGAUGGUCAUCGUCUCCAUCUUCUCUGAAACGGGCUUUUUCGACUCAUGCGCACUUCAGGCUUAUAAACUUGCAAAGGGUAAGGUGUGGCCAUUGAUUACCUUGCUUUGCGUCUUUAGUGCUGUAGUGUCGGCUUUUUUAGACAAUGUCACCACCAUUUUGCUCCUGGCUCCCGUAACAAUCAGAUUAUGCGAAGUGUUGAACCUGGAUCCUAAGAACAUUUUGAUUGCUGAAGUUUUGUUCUCUAACAUUGGCGGCACUGCGACAGCCAUUGGUGACCCACCCAAUGUUAUCAUUGUGUCCAACUCAGAUAUGAAAGAUAAAGGUAUUGACUUUGCCACCUUUACUGGACAUAUGUGCGUUGGUAUAAUUUUCGUGGGGUUUGUGGGAUAUGGAGCCCUCAGAUUACUAUAUCGUGAUAUUAACAAACUUCAAAACCAGGAUCCGCCGGAAAUUGCAGAGUUGAAGCACGAGAUCGAGUUGUGGCGGCGCGCGGCGGCGCGGGUGUCCGUGGUGUCUAGAGAGGAGAGCAUAAUGAAGGCGCUGUUCCAACAGAAGGCCGUACAGAGGGAGAACGCCCUCAUCAAACAGCUCUACAGAAUGAGGAGGACUGAAAAGAAAGACUUUCAACAAAACGUGCGAGAACUAGAAAGAAAGUAUUACAUCACCGACCGGUGGCUGUUGGUCAAGACCGGACUGGUGCUUGCCGGGGUCAUCCUCUGCUUCUUUCUCCACUCCUUCAUAAACGGCAUGCACAUAGACCUGGGUUGGAUUGCCGUCAUCGGAGCCAUUUUUCUCUUGGUGGUGGCAGACAUCAAAGAAAUGGAAAACAUUCUUCACAGGGUGGAGUGGGCCACCCUCAUCUUCUUUGCUGCUCUCUUCGUCCUGAUGGAGGCCCUGACAGAACUGCAAUUGAUUGAUUGGAUCAACACUCAAGUCACUGAUUGGAUUCGGGGAUUGGAAGACGACAAGAAACAGCAGCUGGCGGUAGCCAUUCUUCUCAUCCUCUGGGUGUCCGCCAUAGCUUCCAGUUUCAUAGACAACAUCCCCUAUACAACAGCAAUGAUUCCUGUCCUGCUUCAAAUUAGUGAAUCUGAAAACAUUCCACUUCAGCCACUUACAUUCGCCUUGGCUUUUGGUGCAUGUUUAGGAGGGAAUGGGACUCUGAUUGGUGCGUCUGCUAAUGUGGUGUGUGCUGGCAUUGCUGAACAACAUGGCUAUGGCUUCAGCUUCAAAGAAUUUUUCAAGGUCGGGUUUCCUUUGAUGUUGGUUACAACUGUGAUCGCCAUGUUUUACCUGCUGAUAUGUCACGUGGCUUUCAAAUGGCACCCAGAUUGAACAUACAUUAUUGUAUUGUACACAAUAUACAAUAGAAAACAGUGCAUGUUCAAAACUUAUUGUGUUCUCCCCCCCCCCCCCCCCC